CUUGAUGCACAAGGCAGCUGCUGCAGAAAUGCUGUAUCUUUUGGAACCCAGCAAUAAGGGCAAGGCUGCGAAAUUAAUUGAGGAUUCAAGCAACAACUUGGUGCAAAGAAAUGGAGCACUCAGAUCAGUUAAGGAAUGGAAACUCAAGGAUUGUAUUGCGGUUCACAAGCUACUCUCCUCAGCAGUAGUUGAUAUGGAUGCUGCAUCAAGAUGGAAAUUACGUUGUGCUGAAUACUUCCCGCACUCCACAUAUUUUGAAGGAAGUCGCAGUUCUGCAGUUCUAAAGUCCUCGUACAACCAGAUUUCUAGUAACCAUCCUGCGGGUGGCAUAAGCAUGGAUUCUCUUGCGUCAAAUGGAAAACUGGAAGCUUUUAAGGACCUCUCUAUCUAA